AUUUUUUUAAAAGAAAAUUACGAUUUUCCUGUAUUUAUUUUCUAUAAAUAAAUAAAUAAAACUAAAGUUUUGAAAAGAAGUCAAUUAGAAGUGUCUUUAUUCGGUAAAAUUUAUAAGAGUUUAUAAAUAUUUUUGAAUAAAGAAUGGAUAUCGCGAACAUGCAGUCAGCCGAAAAGCGUAACAAAACAGUGGAUCUUGGAUCAUGGGAACCAGCAGCCAGAGUAAAACAACUCGCAAAUUAUGGUGCUAUGGUCGAAGUAGAUCCCAAUGUACCACCAAGACGAUAUUACCGCUCUGGGCUAGAAAUGGUCAGGAUGGCAAAUGUGUAUUUAGCAGAGGGAAGUCUCGAAAAUGCCUACAUAUUGUAUAUGAAAUUCAUGACAUUAUUUUUGGAGAAAAUACGGAAACAUCCUGAGUACACAUCAGUACCGACUGAUGUGAAAGCUGUGAACCAAGCCAAGCUGAAGGAAGUUAUGCCAAAAGCUGAGAAAUUAAAACAGAAACUGUUGGACGUAUAUGCCAAAGAGCAUACAUUGUACAAACAGAAUGAGGCACAAAGAAAAUUAGCUGAAGUAGCAAGGUUAAAACAAGAGCAGGAAGACGCAAAACUGGCAAAGAGACUACAAGAUGAUGAAACUAGGAGAGAUGGUGACUCAAGGCCUCAUUUACUUCAUGCGGAGGAUUGGGCAGUAACACCCUCAGCACCUCCAGUAGACGGUGUGAUGUAUCCUGAUGACUUUGCCCCGGAGACACCACGGCCGCCUGCACACAACUACCAGCCUGUUCCACCCCUAAUCCCACCAUCAAGACCACAUCAUAGCGGUGGCAUGGGCGGCGUGGGCGGCGGCGCGGGGCUGCGGUCGGUGCGGGUGCCGGGCACGCUGCCGCCGCGGUUCCUGGCGCUCGCCGCGCCCGCCACCGCCGCUGGCAUCGAGCUGUGCGGGAUACUGGCUGGCAUAUUGGAGCGCGGCGAGCUGAAGGUGACGACUGUGAUCGUGCCGAAGCAGUCGGGCACGCCGGACUCGUGCGCCACCAACAACGAGGAGGAAAUCUUCCACUACCAGGACCAACAUAACCUCAUUACCUUGGGAUGGAUACAUACUCACCCGACGCAGACGGCGUUCCUGUCGUCAGUGGACCUCCACACACAGUGCUCCUACCAGCUCAUGAUGCCAGAAGCCAUCGCCAUUGUGUGUGCGCCCAAAUACAACGAGACGGGUUACUUCGCCCUAACUCCGGAGUACGGGAUGCAGUACAUCGCCGCCUGCCGCCAGUCCGGCUUCCACCCACAUCCUAAUGACCCCCCGCUAUUCUAUGAUGUUAAGCACAUUAGAUUAGAAGAAAACGCACCUAUCCAGAUAGUGGAUCUACGAAGAUGAAUGUAGGUAUUCAAUACAUAUUAUAAACACGCUUCCAAAGCUUAAAUUAUAUUCUAUAUAAUGUAAAGUUAGGCUACACGAAGAUCUCGAUUUGCCAUGUCUUGUAUAUGAAAAAAAAGUGAUAGUGUGUGUAAAAGCGCCAUCUAGCAUCUUUAUACAGAUUUUAUUAUCUGGAUGGUAAAACAGCAUUGCAUUACGGUUUAUAAUGUUUCAUAGUAAACUCCCGUUUCAUUACACGAACAAUGUUACAGUACAAACACACCUAAACCAUAUUUAAAAAGAUUAUUUUGAGUAACAAUUAUAUCGUGCACAUUAUGUUUAAUGAUAGCUCCUUAUUUGGUAUAAUGUUUUAUAAUAUUCACUUGAUUAUAGUCAUUUUUGUUCACUAUUAGAAUAGUUACACCUGUACAUAAUAGAAUGUAUUAACUGAAAAAGUUAGAGCAUACUGCAAUCGUGCAAAAAACUACAUUAAACUAAUAUACAGUAAUACCCCGACUUACGCUACCCCGUUUUACGCGAAUUCGAAGAUACGGGGCUUUUCAUUUCCAUCAUUCUAGGCGAAUCAGUGUCGAAUCCUAAAUAAAUCGAUAGCAUAAUACAAAAAGUGGUGAAUUUCGUCAAACAAAUAAAUUGAAAGGUCGAUGACGAUGACAUUAUCUAGAAUUUCUAACUUAUAGAAAUGCCUAAGCAUAAGCAAGACAGUGAACAAACUGUUCAGGCAACAUUUUUAUAAUAUCUGAAGGCUUCGACACCAAAAUAACUUCGGUUUAGGUCAAGCUUUAUUCAUAACAAUGUAAAUUGUUUUAUUUUACAACAUUUUUCAUAUUAUAACUUUUCAAUCUGAAUUAGACUUUGGCCCCUAUUAAACACAUUUUAUAUGUAUUUAUAUGCAAAGUUAAACCCCGAUUUACGCGAAUUCGACUUACGCGCUGUAGUAUUACUGUAGUGUCGUUUUUAUUGCGCUACAAUCGAAAAAGGAAAGUUAUUUUCCAAUUCGUAUGUUAUUUGUAAUAAUAUACUAUUUUAUUAUAACAAUCUUAAUAUUAUAUUUAAAAAAUCCAGUGUCGUGAUGUAUGUUCCCAAUUCACCACCAAGUCAACCAAUUGUGAAGAAAGUUGGCAUUUUUAUUUCGAUUAAUUGUCCUAAUAAUUUAUAAUUAACAAUAAAACAAAAUAUGGCAGAUCAUUUUAGUAAUGGCGAUUUUGCUGUUUAUUUAUUCAUGGCCAUGGAUACAAAGUUCUUCAGCCGUAAACAAUGUCGAAUUGACACUCUUUUCAGUGUUGUCAUUACAAGCAAGUUAUUUUUUUUUUAUUUCACGUUAUUCGUAGCGAAGCACUUACCGGGCCGCUAGUAUACAUAAUAUAUAUGUCGCAGUCAUCUGGUUUAAUCUGCGAUUCGAUUGAAUGACUAGCGCAUUUAUUGAAUGAUAGCAGUCAAUCGAAUGACUAAAGGACAACUCGUCAAGACGUUGACUGUAACGUUUAACGUCUUGACUACGUCUUUUUUAUACGUGGGAGAGACAUGCUUCGGCACAAGUAGCCGUUAACGGGGUUGUGGGUAAAUCAACGCUGUCAUAAUAUUUUAUUACAAAUAAAGCACUUUAAACUUUAAGGUAAAUUUAAUCGACAAAAUAUCAACACAGUGCUAUCAGCUGUGCGAACUGUUUGACGUCAUAUUUGUUUUAGUGACUACUAGCG